CGCUGGCGUAGAACAAACAAUAGCUGUUAGUUACUUGGCGUUUCCUAAAUUUAUGUGCUGGCUUUUAUCGCGUUUUUACACGCAUCUUUGAAGAUUUCUAGAGACGAUUUUCGCAUCAUCUUCGUAAGCAAUGACUCUUUAGGUUCACGGAAACGGGAAGGCCAUGCAAAAAUACCGUAUCCUCGGGAAAAAAGGAGAAGGCACCUUUUCGGAAGUCCUAAAAGUUCAGGACAUUCGAGAUGGGACUUAUUUUGCUUGCAAGAAGAUGAAACAACGCUAUGAGACUAUUGAUCAAGUGAACAACCUGAGAGAAAUCCAAGCCAUGAGACGACUGAGUCCGCAUGGAAAUGUGGUUGAACUCAAGGAGAUUAUCUUUGACAAGAAGAAUGGAGCGUUGGCUUUGAUUUGUGAGCUGAUGGAUAUGAACUUGUAUGAAAUGAUACGAGGACGACGACACUAUUUAUCUGAAGUUAAAGUCAAGAACUAUAUGUACCAGCUAUGUAAAUCUAUUGACCAUAUGCAUAGGAAUGGAAUAUUUCAUAGAGAUGUCAAGCCAGAAAAUAUAUUAAUCAAGGAUGAUGUUGUAAAACUUGCAGACUUUGGAUCAUGUCGUAGUGUUUACUCAAAACAGCCUUACACAGAAUACAUAUCAACAAGAUGGUAUCGUGCUCCUGAAUGUUUGUUGACUGAUGGUUACUAUACUCACAAGAUGGAUAUGUGGAGUGUAGGAUGUGUGUUCUUUGAAGUAUUGAGCUUACAUCCUCUCUUUCCUGGUUCUAAUGAAGUUGAUCAGAUUGCCAAGAUUCAUGAUGUCCUUGGAACACCAUCACCAAACAUUCUUAAAAAGUUACAAAAUAAAUCGCGUAGCAUGAAUUUCAACUUCCCACCAAAAACAGGGACAGGCAUCAGUAAACUGCUCCCACAUGAUCAUGUCUCUCAGGAGUGCAUUGAACUUAUUGAGCUCAUGUGUGCUUAUGAUCCUGAUGAAAGAAUAUCAGCGAAACAGGCCUUGAGACAUCCUUAUUUUAGACAACUCAGAGAGUUAGACAAGCGUCAAGCUGUCAAUACACGGUUGUCGUCACCUUCUGAGGCAUCAGUUAUCACUAAGCCGCACCGGAUGGUGAAAAAGAAGAGGAAACAUGUGAUUGGCCGAAGUCAUGCCCGCUCACCCACUGAGUCUUUUCUUCCAAAAGAAGAAAGAAUUGGCUUAACUGGUGAAGUGGCACAUCAACAGCCAUCACUACCAUCUCUAGGUGUUGGAUACAAGCACACAACUUUUGGCACAAGUCUACCGAAGAUACCAGUUGCAACUACAAUACAAACAACAACCUUUCCCACAUCGUUUCCUUCCAUCAUUCACCAGGAAAAAAAUAAAGUCAAGAACCAAACAAGCCAGAAGUUUGCACAUUACAAAUUACCAGCCAUUGAUAACUCAAAACGAGGAGGUACUCAUGGUUUUUAACAUUGCAUUCAGUUGUGUUGUGGAAGCCCUCUCUGUGGUUCAUGGUAUUGACAAGUGUGAUUGAACAUAGGACAACAGGACUGCAGGCUAGCUGUCGUCAAUUUUGAAAGAUGGGCACAGAUACUCAGGGCACCUUAGACAAUCAAGGAACACUCAACACACUAAUCUAAAUGGUCACUAUUCCUCCAUUAGACCUUAUAGCUCCUCAAAGAGACAAGCAAUCAGCAUUGCACUUUGUCUUUAAAGGGAAUCUUGGCUUAAAGGCAGUUUAGGUUCCAGUGUAUACACCAAAUGGUUAUCUUUAACUGAUCCAGGGGUUUUAGGUUGACAUCUUUGCAAGCGUUUUGAGUAAGAAGUGUUUGGCUUUCAGUUUAAAUCACCUGGGUGGCAACAUGUUUAGUUUAUGGUAAUUUAUGACAUCAUUGCGCUGUUAGACUUCUCAAUAUGGAGUCUACAGAAGAUUUUUCAUUGGAACCGAACAUAUUCAUCAGGAAUAUGAAAUUCAUUUAAUGAUUUAGGGACACUUUUAUUUCUGUAGAAUCACACAAUGCUGCAUUUUAAUCUUGCACACAAUGAUGUGAUAAUUUCCUAUCAAGCUUUGCAAAAAUAAAUGUCAGGCGCACAGAAAAUUUGAAAUCCUUAAAUAGCAGAAACUAUAUGUCCAGCAUUCAAAACCGGCAAAAGACUUUUCAACUUCAAAUCGUUGAAACACUUUAAACAUGAAGACCAACUUGUGAUUUGGAACAAAACUGCUUUUUAGCUAAGAUUCCCUGUAAGAGUUAAGAUUCUUGAAAAAGAGAAUUUCUGUACAAAGCAUAUUGCAUGGUCUAGUUGCACAAAUUAUGCAACAACAUAAACUUAAACCAAGAUACAUGUAAGUCUUAUUUUAGAAGACUAAAUGACUUAUCAACAAACUGUCAGUGUAUCUGGUGUACACUGGAGAUGUCAGUAAUUUAGGGAUUUUCAGUGUUUUCUGUUAACAGUGUACCAUAAAAUGUUUUGGCUGUUCCUCUGUUGUCUCUGUGAGAAUGAUCUCAAGUUACAACAAAUUUGUUCUUCCUGAGGUGUAUUAUUUUAAUAUUGGUGUCUGACUGAUGUAAAUUAGUUUGGUUUCCUGUUUUGUUUUAAGAGGUGCAUGUUCUUACAACAACUCACUAUUUAUUUUAAUUACACAAAGAAAAACAAGCUAGGAAUCUUUGUAAAUGAAUAUUGUACAUAUUAAGAUAUUUUUAUAAAGGAGGAAAUAUUUUUUUUCUAAAUACAAAUGUAGUUGAGUCAUAACUGUGAUAAGGAAUGAGUUUUAAAUAAUUAGAAAAAUACAGCUGUCAGCUCUUACUUGAAAUUUGUCAUAGACAGGUUGUUAAAGUUAAAAUUACUGGUAUAUAAUUUUAUUUUUACGACUCAAAUACUUGUUGCAAUAACAGUCAUGUUGAAUGUCUGAUUUAUAACUCUUAACCAGAAACAAUUAUGACUGAGGCUGUGUCCAUGAAAACAUUAUGACUGAGGCAAUGUCCAUGAAAAAAUUAUGAUUGAUGCAAUGUCCAUGAUUGAAUUCUCCUCCUAGGUAUUUAGGGUGUUUAUGAUGACUAUAAACAACAACAACAAAAAAAAGAUGACGGAGGCAAGUGGCUUGGUUUGCCUGUUACUAGCAAUGGCCCUGCAUUUUUCUCUUGCAAUCUUGGCAGAUGAGAAGUGAUAUGUUUUAUUCGCAGUAUGACAGUUCUACCUAGCUCUUACCACUAGUAAUGAAAAAGACUUGGAUCCAAUCAAAUCGCUGUACAUGAAUCACUCACAUUGUGGCUCUAACAACUUCAAAGAAUAAUUUUCAUUGUACAAGCCACAUGUCCUUGACUGCUUUUAUAUUCAUAGAAGUAUAUUUUUUUAGAUAGUUUUUUUGUUUGUUUCGUUUCACACUCAGUGGUCACAGGCUUUUACAUCACAGUGAUAAAAAACUUUUAUUAAAUAAUUAAAAAAUUACCAGAGAUUUGUUAUAGGAUAAUGUCAGUUUAUAUUCAGGUAGUAGUAGUACUGAAUUUAAGGAUCACAGAUGAUCCUUAAUGUAGAGCUGCAGAAAUAGUGUGAUUAUGGAUGAAGAAAUAAAUGUGUGAAUCAUAA